AUGGCUCUCGAGACUCUCAAUUCUCCGACUUCAGCCACCGCCACAGCUCGGCCUCUUCUUCUCCGGUAUCGUGAAGAAAUGGAGCCAGAGAACCUCGAGCAAUGGGCUAAAAGAAAACGCACCAAACGUCAACGUCUUGAUCAUCAGAGCAAGAGUCAGGAUCAAGAAACGAAUCCGAGCCUUCCUUCUGAAGAAGAGUAUCUCGCUCUUUGUCUCCUAAUGCUCGCUCGUGGCUCCACCGUAUCAUCUCCACCACUUCCGCUGUCGUCACGUCCUCCGUUGUCCGAUCACCGUGGCUACAAGUGUACGGUGUGUGGAAAGUCGUUUUCGUCGUACCAAGCCUUAGGUGGACACAAGACGAGUCACCGGAAACAGGCGGCGAGUAACAACUCCAACACUCCUGGUAACAAUCAUCACGAGCCGUCUAAUAACAGUCACAGUAACAGCAACGGCGGUUCCGUUGUUAUAAACGGUAACGGUAACAGUACUAACGGAGUUGUCAGUCAAAGCGGAAAGACUCAUACUUGCUCGAUAUGUUUCAAGUCGUUUUCGUCUGGUCAAGCGUUAGGUGGACACAAACGGUGUCACUACGACGGUGGUAACAAUGGUAACGGUAACGGCAGUAGCAGCAACAGCGUGGAAGUCGUUGCUGGUAGUGACGUCAGCGAUGUGGAUGAUGAGCGAUCGUCGGAGCAAAGCGCAAUCGCCCACCGUGGAUUUGACCUGAAUUUACCGGCCGAUCAAGUCUCAGUGGUGGUUUUAUCUUAA